CCUGAGUGCAAGUGGGUAACAUCCCAGCCAACAGUUUUAUUCAUGAGAAGACUCACUCUGAUUCAAAGAGGAGGAGAAGGCCCCAGUCUCAGCCUCUCUCAUGCAGCGCCUCUUAGUAGCCAGCGAAACGGACCACGGAGUGCUGGAACACAGCGCCGUCGCUGGCAGGAUCCAGACCAAUCAGUCCAAACCUUGGCCGGUCCUUGAUCCCAGGAGGACCACGAGGGUCCCUGGUGCACAGGUCACAAAGACAGUCCCAGAUAGGUGCUGAUGUCACAGUGCCCCAGUUACCAGGGGAACUCCAGUCUCUGUGAAGCCAUCAGGCCUGCCAUUGUCCCCCGGGGCGAUUGACCUUGUGGACAGAGGCAUUCAAAAGCCUUGGCCAUGCUGGGCCCAGCAACAAGGGUGGGUCUGAGAGCUCACACCCGCCACGCAGGCUCCGGCUGGGUGGGCAGACAUGAGCGACAGGCGCAUCGCCCGAAAAUUCAGGAGGAGAAAGCUCCAGCGCUUCUCCCACAUCUCUAGCACCGAGGAACCGCUUGGAGUGAGCAUGUGAUGGUUCGGCCAUGAGGCAGGGAGGACGACCUGGGUGGGAAUGUUGCCCAGCCCUGGAGGGAGGGAGGGAGGAAGCCGGCGCUGCAGGAGCUGAGGAGGCAGGUCCAGUGGAUGGCACAGGCUUGACUUGGCACAUGGGCUGGGCUGAGGAGGGUGGCCACUUCUCCCGUGGCUUGAUUGCACAAGUGCAAUUCCUUGAAAACCAGUCAGUCAGCCAAACGGGGGGCAAAUCUGCACAUUAUUUUCCUUCCAUCCAAACCAAGGCAAGUUAACUUUUCCAGCAAUUUUGGUUGCCUUGAAUUAGUCCUGUGCACUCAUCAGCAUGAUGACUCACCACAACUUGAAAAAUCUUUGAAAUGUGGGUUGAAGUAGGAUUUACUGAGUCACAAUCCGGACAUGCCUCAGAAUACUCACCAGUUUAACUUAGCAAAAAAACCCGAAAACCAACAACCCACUGGAGGAGGGGUUUAUAUUGACUUUGCCAUGUACAAAAUUGUUAUACGAGUUGUCUUUAACCAAACAGAAUCCCUUAACAGCAUCAGAUUAAUGUCCACAUAGAACAAGGAAAAUGCUGUAUCUUUAUUUUUAAGGCAGGGCACUAUUGCCCCCUGGUGUCCAUCUAGGGAAAUGCAUAGAGAUUUUGUCCACCACCAAGUGUUGCUAAAAUACUUAUUCCAUCCAUGCAACAAAUACAAAUUUUAUGAAAGAACUUGUUCCAAGUGAGUGUAAUUAUCAUAGCUUCCCUUAAAGAACUCUGAUCAUCAUUUCUUAGUGUGCAAACCCCACAAAGUCUUGCAACCGAUUUCUUGUGGUUAGCCUUCAGGACUAGCAAAGAAAGCUUUUGUGAACAGGUGGGCCCUUGUUCCAAAAAAACUUCUGUUACAAUAGAUCUGUUUGAUUUAAAGGGCUACAAAAUGCUUCAUUGUCCCCACCCCGACAGACUAACAUGGCUGCCAUACUGGAAGUGGUUUUGUGUGGUGUCAACAUCUCUUUGCUGGAGAUCACUGGCCCACUCUUAGAACUUAAGCAGCCCCCAGACCAAGGCCGCUAACAGCUGCACAACUAGCACACCAUUGCCUAGGUGUCACUCAGAUUGUCACCUUUUUUCUAGGCUCCUGGGCCUUUAACCAGUGUAUAGCAGUCCUCGAUUCAACAGGUGAGGCAUUUUCUGCCACUGCAUGUGCAUCCAAGAAAACAGCAGCACCGAUCAGUGUUCUGCCAGCCGUGCAGCUGUGAAGGCAGAGGGUUCCUAGGGAUGAGACAGCCAGGCUCCCAGUCCAAACUGGAGGUGUGGCACCCUCUCGUUUCAUAUGAAGCGCCCGGAAUCGGAUGGUUCGUGACUGCUCGCCCUCUUGCCUCUCCUCUCCUCUCCCCCAUCUUAGCAGCCCAAGAAGAAGCGGCGGAGUUCAUCCGCGGAGGCCACAGAAGACCAGAAGGGCACAGGAGGAGACUCUGCCUCGAUCCAGAUCUUCCCUCCAGAACUGGUGUGUGGAAGUGGCCCAGGGGUGGCGGGGCUGGGAGCACAGGGCCCAGGCUGGCUUGCGGAAGAGCUGGUCCUCCCGGGGGACCUCGGCUGAGUCUCUCCCUCCCUCCCCAGCUCUACUACAUCAUCUCCUUUCUGCCCGUGAGGGACGUGGUGGCUCUGGGCCAGGCCUGCCGGUACUUCAACGAGGUCUGCGACAGCGAGGGAGUGUGGCAGCGGCUUUGCCGGCGCCUCUCCCCUCGGCUGCGGGACGAGAACUCGGGAGGCAGCCGGCCAUGGAAAAGAUCGGCCAUCCUCAACUACACCAAGGGCUUGUACUUCCAGAUGUUCAGUGGCCGCCGGCAUUUCGUCAGCAGGACGGUCGCCCCGCUGCUCUCGCACGGCUACCGGAAGUUCUUGCCCACCAAAGACCACGUCUUCAUCCUGGACUACAACGGCACCCUCUUCUUCCUCAAGAACGCCCUGGUCUCCUCCACCAUGGGCCACAUCCAGUGGCGCCGCGCCUGCCGCUACAUGGUGCUAUGCCGCAGCGCCAAGGACUUUGCCACAGACCCUCGGAGCGACACGGUGUACCGCAAGUACCUGUACGUGCUGGCCACGCGGGAGCAGCCCGUGGCCACAGCCAUGGGGCGCAGCGAGGGGCCUGGCCUGGCCAGCAGCAGUGGCCUCCGCCUGUGCGACUGUGUCGAGGUCUACCUGCAGUCCAGCGGGCAGCGGGUCUUCAAGAUGACCUUCCACUUCUCCAUGAAGUUCCAGCAGAUCGUGCUGGUGGGGCAGGAGACAGAGCGGUCCCUGCUGCUGCUGACAGAGGAAGGGAAAAUCUACAGCCUGGUGGUGAACGAGACCCAGCUGGACCAGCCACGCUCCUACACCGUGCAGCUGGCCCUGCGCAAAGUCUCCAAGUGCCUGCCCCACCUCUCCGUCCGCAGCAUGCACUCCAACCAGAGCAGCGCCGUCUACCUCACAGACGAGGGCGCUGUGUACUUUGAGGUCCACUCGCCUGGCGUCUACCGUGACCUCUUUGGCACCCUGCAUGCCUUCGACCCGUUGGACCAGCAGAUGCCCCUGGCGCUCUCUCUCCCAGCGAAGGUGCUCAGCUGCGCUCUCGGCUACAACCACCUGGGGCUCGUGGACGAGUUUGGGAGGAUCUUCAUGCAAGGAAAUAACCGUUAUGGCCAGCUGGGCACUGGGGACAAGAUUGACCGUGGGGAGCCCGCCCAGGUGCAUUACCUCAAAUGCCCCCUAGACCUCUGGUGCGGCCUCAACCACACACUGGUGCUGAGCCAGGGCGGGGACUUCAGCAAGGACCUGAUGGGAUGCGGCUGCGGAGCUGGGGGGCGCCUGCCCGGCUGGCCGAAAGGCAGCGCCUCCUUCGUCCGGCUGCACAUCAAGGUCCCGUCCUGCGCCCGCCGCAUCUGCUCCACCCGGGAAUGCCUCUACAUGCUGUCCAGCCACGACAUUGAGGAGCUGCCAGCCUACCGGGAGCUGCCCGCCAGCAAGGCCGGCCUGCCGCCUCCGACAGACACGGAAGCCCUGGCGGCCCGGGCCUGCGAGGAGUACCUGAGCCAGCUGCACAAGUGCCCCACGCUGGAGGGGCGCAUGGCCAAGAUGAAGGAGGCCGUGGGCAGCAUGCCCCUCAUGACCUUCCAGAAGGAUUUCUUCUGGGAAGCCCUGGACAUGAUCCAGCGGGCAGCCGAACUCCGGGACCCCCCCGCCUCCAGCUAGCUCACAGGCUGGGGGGGCCCCCACCCCACCCCCUCCUGGACCUGAUACCCACCCCUUAUACGCAUCAUGGAUCAUGAUUAACAGAGAGAGGAGAAUUCACACUGAACAAUUGGGAAUAAAUACACCACAA